CACCGCUGACGUCAUCGCCCCGCCUCACCGCUGACGUCAUCGCCCCUCGCUUGAGCCCGAGGAGCCGCCAUCGACUUCUCGUCGUCCCAGCGUGGAGGCCGGCGGCAUAGCGAGCGGCGGCAUGCGGUCUGUUAGCUACGUGCAGCGCGUGGCACUCGAGUUCUGUGGCAGCCUCUUUCCGCACGCCAUCUGCCUGGGGGACGCUGACAACGACACGCUGAACGAGCUAGUGGUAGGAGACACCAAUGGGAAACUUUAUGUGUACAAAAAUGAUGACAGCAAACCCUGGACUGUACGAUCCUGCCAAGGAAUGCUUACUUGCGUUGGUGUGGGAGAUGUAUGCAAUAAAGGAAAGAAUCUUGCAGUGGCAGUGAGUGCAGAAGGUUGGUUUCAUCUUUUUGAUCUGACUUCCCCUUCAAAGCACCCAGAUUCUUCAGGCCACCAUGAGUUAGCAGAAGAGCAGAAGCCAGUGUUCAAGCAACAUAUUCCUGCCAACACCAAAGUUAUGCUAAUCAGUGACAUAGAUGGAGAUGGGAAGUGUGAGCUGGUGGUAGGUUACACUGACAGAGUGGUGCGCGCCUUCCGUUGGGAGGACUUGUCGGAGAAUUCAGACCAUGUCUGUGGGCAGUUGAUCCUGCUGAAGAAAUGGUUACUGGAAGGUCAGGUGGAUAGCCUUUCUGUGAACCCAGGCCCUGAUGGCUUACCAGAGAUGAUGGUGUCCCAGCCAGGCUGUGGUUAUGCCAUUCUGCUGUGCACCUGGGACUCUGAGCAGCAAUCCAUGAUAGAGGGGAGAGACAGCUCUUCCCCAAGCAGAGAGGCCCCUGUUCGAGAUGUUAUUCUCCACCAAACAUCUGGCCGGAUUCACAACAAGAAUGUUUCCACUCAUCUGAUUGGUAGCAUUGGCCAAGGCUACUCCAGUGUGGGUAGUGGCUCGGGUCUCUUUGCCCUAUGUACACUUGAUGGGACAUUGAAACUCAUGGAAGCAGACAAGCUGCUCUGGUCUGUGCAGGUUGAUCACCAGCUAUUUGCACUGGAAAAGCUGGAUGUUACUGUGAGUACUGUGUGAAUAGCUCUGAGAGUGAAGGAGUGAAGACAAAAGUUCAACAUAGCUUUUCUGUGUUUAAAUUUAGGAAGGGCAGAGACAGUAUUGCAGCAUCUGAGGCACGAACUCGGAAGUGAACAAUGCAUAUUGUUUGUUGCAGAUUCUAACAUCCCUUGUAUGCAUUCACAAGUUUUCUCUUUUAACUUUCCCACCACCUUUACAUGUCAACAAAACAUUCCACAAACACUCCUUAAUUGCACAUAGGCACUUACCCAAUCAGAGCCAUGAGUUGUCUCUGGUAACACGCUCUUCCUCCAGUCAGGGCCAUCAUCACAAGGCCAUCACACAGCUUACUUGACUUUGCUUUUUUCUUCUUCUGGAGAUGUCCUUGGUUCUCAGUGUCACUUUCUCUUGCUGUUUAUUUUGUUCCACA